GGUGGGGGCGGUCGGCGAGGCCAGCCCGGACUCUAAAAGCGUUGCGACACUCAAAGGCGCUCACAGGCAGGGACAGGUGCCACCCCCGAGAUCAGAGGUCCUUGCUGGCGUGUAGAGCCAGGGGAGCGGGCUGUGGUUGACAAAGGACACAAACCCUUCUACUCCCUGUAGCUUUUUUUUUUUUUCCAGUUUCUUCUGUAAACCGAAGCAUCUCAAAAUGGAGGCCUAAAACCCUUAAAGGGACUUAGUCUAACCUCGGGGGGUAGUUCUGUGCAUGGAAGGACAGGUUAAUCACUAAGUAGACUUUUGGGGUCACUGUUUGAGAUGCUCAUUUGAAGCCUGUACUCUAACUCUGAGGUGUGAUUAUUAUGAUUUGGUUGUGAAUUUGACUACUGGAAAGGAAAGAGUUUCGUGACUGGGCACAGUGUUGAGACACUCUUCAGAAAGUAGUCUGGCAUCUCCCACUGACUGGCAGCUUUAAAAAGUGCCCGUGUUCAGGAAAGAUCCAGACAUGAGUGCCGGUUAUCCAGAGGACGUGAGUAGUCAGCCUUCUGCUGAAGUAGAGACGUGUGCUCACGAGGUCUCUGACAUGUUAAGAGAUUGCAACAGCAACAGAGAACAAACAGGAACAGAAUGUUCCAGUAGGCCCAGCAGAUUUAGAGGAAGACAGACAGACAAUACAUGAGCGUUGAGAAACCACCCGCCCACAAGACCGUUGCUCCUUUAAAGGUCUGCACUUCAGGUCUUUUAGAGAGACUGCAAGCGUGGGAACGGCAGCAGCUACGUUAUUCUGAUAAAUGAGCCCGUUUAUUCAGGAAGAGAACGUCAUAGAAUGACCAAGUUUUCAUAGCCCUGAAAGGGGGCACUGAGGUUAGACACAGUGACUUCCCCUGAGGGAGACUUGUGCCAGCUGUGGGUGCAGGAAGCCACACCAGCCGGGGGCAACCAACUCCCGAGCCGUUGUUCUAGUGGCAAGUAAGGUCUCUGCUGUUCAGAUGGUGACAGACUUAUUUAUUGUCUUGCUCAAAGAACACUCUCUCUGAGAUAAUUUCUGACCAGAACUAAAAGUAUGAGUUUCAAGCCCACAGUGAUGGCCCACACCUUUAACCCCAACAUUCAGGAGGCAGAGGCAGGCAAAUCUCUGAGUUUGAGGCCUGCCUGGUCUGCAGAGUGAGUUCUAAGACAGCUAGGGCUACACAGAGAAACCAUGUCUCCAAAACCAAACCAAACCAAACUAAGCACCCCCCCCCCAAAAAAAAAAAAAACAGAAAAGAAAGAAAGAAAAAGACAAAGUCUGAUACUUGUUACAUAACUCAGUGGUCAGGCACAGGCUUUGUGAGACCAAGGCUCACUCCUCAGUGCUUCCCAGAGGAGCAACAAAGGUAUUCUGAGUAGAGGACCAAUUAGUUAAGUCUGAUUCUGGUCCUUUGGAAGGAAACAAAGCCAAACAAAAGUCUUGAAGUUGUUUGUUAUUUUACACUUGUAUCUGAACCUUGUUUCAUCCUGUAUGAAUACAUAGCUUCAUGAACCAGACCUGUGCAGGGGACCAGUACUCGUGCAGGUUGGUGACCGCCUCCUAGUGGCCAAGAGAAGAAGCAGGCUCAAGAUGCAGGGCACAAGGUGCCCAGAAUGGAGUUAACCUCUGUCACACAUUGGCUAUUAGGUAGAAUCUAGUUUUAUUGUAUGCCUGAAGAUUGUACGAAAGUAUGGUUGUGUGGAAUUGUGCCUUAAAAUGUUUCAGCAUAGGACUUAGACUUUCAUCCUACUGAAUCCCAAAAUACAUAGAAGAAAAAAAUGAGUUUGUUCUUAUUUUAGGUGUUCAGCCUAGUAGUAAAACUGACCCAAAGCCAUGCACAAAGCUACCUCCCCAGAGGAAGGCUCGUCCCUUCCCCUCCCCACCGUUUCGUCAUGAACAUGGUUCAAGACAGUGUCUUCCUGUCCAAGCCGUUGAAGAGUGCUAACACCUUUGAGUUGAAGUACAACUUUUCCUGUGAGCUGUACCGCUUGUCCACGUACUCCGCUUUCCCCGCUGGGGUUCCUGUCUCGGAAAGGAGCCUGGCUCGCGCUGGCUUUUAUUACACGGGUGUCAAUGACAAGGUCAAGUGCUUCUGCUGCGGCCUGAUGCUGGACAACUGGAAACAAGGGGACAACCCUGUUGAAAAACACAGACAGCUGUACCCCAGCUGCAGCUUUGUUCAGACUCUGAAUCCAGCCGGCCGCCUGGAAGCCAGCCCUCAGACCUCUCUUCCGUCUGCAGUGCCUUCACUAUUUACAAGUUUGGAGAACACUGGCUAUUUCAGCGGCUCUUAUUCAAGCUUCCCCUCAGACCCUGUGAACUUCAGAGCAAAUCAAGAUUGUCCGGCUUUGAGGACAAGUCCUUCCCACUUUACAAUGAAUACAGAGAAGGCCAGAUUACUCACCUAUCAAAGGUGGCCGUUGUCCUUUCUGUCACCAGUUGACCUGGCCAAAGCAGGCUUCUACUAUGUGGGACCUGGAGACCGGGUGGCCUGCUUUGCCUGUGGUGGGAAACUGUGUAACUGGGAACCUAAGGAUGACGCUAUGUCAGAGCACCAGAGACAUUUUCCCAACUGUCCAUUCCUAAAAGAGUCGAGUCAGUCUGCUCCAAGAUACACUGCCUCAAACCUGAGCAUGCAGACACUCGCGGCACGUGCGAGAACAUUCUUUAACUGGCCGUCCAGUGCUCUGGUUCAUCCUCAGCAGCUUGCAAGUGCGGGCUUUUAUUAUACAGGACACAGUGAUGAUGUCAAGUGCUUUUGCUGUGAUGGUGGGCUGAGAUGCUGGGAGUCUGGAGAUGACCCCUGGGUGGAGCACGCCAAGUGGUUUCCAAGCUGUGAAUAUUUGAUAAGAAUCAAAGGACAAGAGUUUGUCAGCCGAGUUCAAGCGGGUUACCCUCAUCUGCUGCAACAGCUACUGUCUACCUCAGACACCCCAGAAGAUGAGAGCGCAGAGUCACCAAUUGUGCAUUUUGGACCUGGUGAAAGUUCAGAAGAUGCGGUCAUGAUGAACACGCCUGUGGUUAAGGCAGCUCUGGAAAUGGGCUUCAGUAGGAGCCUGGUAAGACAGACGGUUCAGCGGCAAAUCCUGGCCACCGGAGAGAACUACAGGACCGUCAGCGACCUCGUGAUAGGUCUGCUGGAUGCAGAAGACGAGAUGAGGGAGGAACAGAAGGAACAGGCAGCCGAGGACACAGAGUCAGAUGACCUAACAUUAAUCCGGAAGAACAGGAUGAGGCUUUUGCAGCAUUUGUCGUGUGUGACGCCGAUUCUCGACUGUCUUCUGAGUGCUGGGGCAAUCACCGAGCAGGAGCAUGACGCUGUGAAACAGAAACCCCAGAGCUUGCGCGCAGGAGCACUGAUCGAUACUGUGCUAGCAAAAGGGAAGCCUGCGGCAACCUCGUUCCGAACCGCCCUCCAGGAACGUGACCCCGUGCUAUACAAAGAUUUGUUUGUGCGACAGGACAUUAGGCGUCUCCCCACAGAUGAUAUUACAGCUCUACCAAUGGAAGAACAGUUGCGGAAACUUCAGGAAGAAAGAACGUGUAAAGUGUGUAUGGACAGAGAGGUGUCCAUCGUGUUCAUUCCCUGCGGCCAUCUGGUCGUCUGCAAAGACUGCGCUCCCUCUCUGAGAAAGUGCCCCAUCUGUAGAGGCACCAUCAAGGGCACUGUGCGCACCUAUCUGUCCUGAGGAUCCGCAGCGGCUACCCCAGUGGGCAGAACGGGCAGGAGGGGCAGGAGCUCAAGGCCAGUCUGGACUGCACGAGACACCAUCUCAGAAUAAAUCAGCAAAUACUUAAAAAAUGAAAAACGAGGGGAAAAAGAAAAAAUGGUGCCUAAACUCAAGAAUGAAUGGAUUAACUAUGUAAUAUUUUAACUAUUAAACUGAUUUCGUUUCUUUAAAAGUGCUAUUUAUCUCCUACUCAGAAUGCCAUUUUCUGUACACAAAUUUAUGUAACACCUGCCUCUGAGGACAUGCAUGUGCGCACUCCCAUGCUGGGAGAUAGGCUUCUGUUCUUAUUCCUGAAGAGCAGGAUUGCCUGCAUUCCUGAAAUUCUCAGAGAAGGUUUAUGAUGGUGGCAUUUAUGGUGCAGAAUUUGAAAUCUUUCUGAGUUGCCUUAAGAACUGGGAACACAGAUUUUCCCACUUCUUUUCUAAGUGUUUUAUGUAUGGAAACUCCUGUUAUUUAUUGAAUCACAUUUUAGGGAUAUGAAAUUUUUAUAAAGAAGCUGUUAGGAAAAAUUAAUAAAGCAACAAAAUUA